GUGAGGCUGUGGAUGAGGUUAGAAGUGCAGUCAUUGCAAUUUGACUUUGGUAUUAUCAAAACUGCAGCAGAAAACUUUUCUGAUGCAAACAAACUUGGACAAGGUGGAUUUGGUUUUGUUUACAAGGGCGAGCUUUCAGAUGGUCAAGUUAUAGCUUUGAAAAGACUAUCAACAGAUUCUGGACAAGGAGAUCUAGAAUUUAGGAACGAGGCCCUCUAGUGGCUAUGCUUCAACAUCGAAAUUUAGUUAGAGUCUUAGGCUUUUGCUUGGAAAGAAAUGAAAGGCUUUUAAUUUAUGAGUUUGUGCCCAAUACAAGCCUUGAUAACUUCAUUUUUGAUCCAAUCAAACGUACUAAUUUGGAUUGUGAGAAGUGCUGGAAAAUAAUUAUAGCCAUUUCUCGAGGGCUUCUUUACCUUCAUGAAGAUUCUCGACUUCCUAUUAUUCAUCAUGAUCUCAAAACUAGUAACCUCUUAGAUUCAGAGAUGAACCCAAAAAUUUCAGAUUUCAGUGUAGGAAGAUUGUUUAACCUCGAUCAAACUGAAGACAAUACGAGUAGAAUCAUGGGGACCUAUGGGCAUAUGGCUCCAGAGUAUGUACUGGAUGGACAAUUCUCAGUGAAGUUUGGUGUUUUUAAUUUUGGUGUCUUAGUUCUAGAGAUAGUAAGUGGACAGAAAAAUAAUUGCUUCCGGAAGGGACAGAAUAUAGAGGAUCUUCUAAGCUAUGUAGGUACACGUAGCCGAUUUAGGGCAGGUUUGGUAAAUAUGUAACUCAAAAUUCUUAUCUUAUCAUUACAAUUUAUUCAAAUUUUUAUACAAAAUAUAAUAAACAAUUCAACUUUUUUAAA